AUUUAUGUAUGUCAUGAAAAAGGGUUAAUUUUUUACAAGGUUUAAUGGUCAGUUUUUACGAUCUAAAUCAGGAUUUUCAAAAAUCUGUUUAAUUUUUACUUUCAUGUUGAAUCCAAGGAAAUAUUUACGAUUUUUAAAAAACUUUCUUUAAGGCGCCACCAUUGAAGAUACAAUAACCUCCAUAGCUCGGUGUUUCCCUCUGGUGGAGGUUAUAAAAGUUAUUUUUUAUUUUUUUCUGCUGAAUGAAUGCUGCUAACUGAAUCAUUUUUGACAUACGACAGCUUUUUUGUUUUAAUUCAAAUUUUUAAUUGUUCUGUGUUUGGACUUGAUUCAUUUUAGACAAAACUGUUUUUAUCAAUAAUAUCAUCAUUCGACACUUCCUUAUCACUUUGAUUUUUAAAUCAAGUCUUUAGUGUUUACUCUUUACUUUUAUUUUGGUGAGUUCCUGUGUCUUUCCAUUUUGGUUUAGGAUCUCUUCUCACAAUCAUGGCUGAAUUAGAGAAUUCAUUUGAAAAAAUUGAAGAUGUUGAUCCAGCAGCUGAUUUCAUUGCUCGUGAACAAAAUGUUUUAGCUGAAAUCGGCAAUGAUAUUGAAUUCAAAAAUGAGAUGAAUCAUGUAAAUCAAGAGAAUGGAGAGAAUGGAGAAGACCCUGAUCUUGGUUCUACUGCUUUACCUGCCGAUAUCUCAAACUCUAUUCCAGCUAGCAAUUCCACCAGUAACGGACUCAGCAACCAAGUUAACGGUGAUAAGGAACCUAUUAAAGAACCAGAAAAGAUCAGAAAAUGGAGAGAGGAACAGCAAAAUAUGUUGAAACAAAAGGAUGAAGAGGAGAUCAAGAAAAAAAAGGAACUCGCUGAACAAGCAAAGAAGGAAUUAGAGGAAUGGUACUCUCGUUAUGAAGAGCAAUUAAAUAAAUCAAAAGUAAUCAAUAGGGAGGCUUGCAAUUAUUUUAUUGUUUCUUUACUCUCCUUGGAUGAUAAUAGGAAUGCUGAAAAAGAGUGGAUCGCUGAAAGAGAUGCUGAAUCACCUGGACAAGAUUGGGAAAAAAUUGCUCGGAUGUGUGAUUUCAAUCCCAAAGCAUCUCGUAACUCAAAAGAUACAUCAAGAAUGAGAUCGAUUUUACUUCAAUUGAAGCAACAACAAGCUCAAGAAAAAUCAUCUUGAAUCAUCUUUCUUUUUAUACGUUUAUUAUUACAAUGAGUGAUUGAUUUGAAUCUUCAUCAUCUUGCUGUGUUUACCUCUAAUUUAUCACAGACAAAAUACCUACCAGAAAGUAAAAACUAUAUCAUUUCAGAGUGUCUUAUCUCAAGACCACAGAAGUCUACUAAUAGUGUAAUACCACAACAAUCGACAUUUCAUCUGAUAGAAUCACUUGUAACUAUAAAUCUGUGUUCAACGCAUUCCUGCAAUUAUUUACAUCACCAUGAUUAUAUCAUCAUUUUUGGCAGAAACUGGCUAAUAAGAAAAUGCCAUUCUGAAUCACCCAACCAACUAAUGAACUGAGAAGUUUUGUUUGAGUAAAAAAAACUAGUGGACCUAGUUCAUUAACAUAAGCAGUAUUUCAAUUGACGUGAGAUGUUUCAGUGAAUAGACUACUUUUUACUGUAACUAGGUUUAACCCUCUAAACAUCAAAUCUUCGUUUUCGCAUUUAAACGUUAACUACGAUAAAAUGUCUUUGAUAUUUCUAAUCAAAUUUUUCUUCCUUUCUGAUCUGAGAUUUUUGCUUUUAUGAAAACAUUUUGGGUUUAUCCUUUUCCAAGAUAUUGUCAGUAAUGUGAUACCUCAUCACUAUGUAAACAGAAGUCAUUUAAUUGAUUGAAUAAAACAAUGUCAGGAAAAA